UGAGCUUGAUAAGAGAGUGUGCAUGGGUGUGAAUCUCGAGUUCGCCAGUCGCUGCUUCGUCUCCAACAGGUGCAUCGUUUGGCACUUUUGUUACCCGUUCGUAAAAAUCGCGUUUUCAAAAUGCCCAGCGCAGAAAGUGUCGGUUCCAUUGUCAUCAAGGUUGUCAAGCUGGUCAUGAACCUCAUCAUCCUGAUUCUGUACAGAACAGGGUACGGAGGGCAGUUCCUGGGCGUGGGUGGCACGUGGAACCUGAACGAGGAGAAAAACCCUGACGCGGAAAUCGUCGCCUCGGGCGUCUUCGUCGGCUACUUCAUUUACACGUCGGUUGUCCUCAUUUCCUUCUGCCUCGGACAAACGCAACAGAAAAACACGCUCGUCGACGUGAUGAUGAACUUCGUGGGCACGUUCAUGUUCGUGGCCGUGGGCGGAACGGCCCUGCAUUACUGGAGCGGCUACCAGAACGAGCACAAGUACCAGAGCAUCGCCCAGGAGAAGCAGAUCGGCUUGGCGCUCGGAAGUCUGUGCGUCAUUUCGGGCGCCGUUUACUUAGGGGACACCGUCCUUUCCUUCCUGCACUUCGCCAAGAAGGGCGACAAAUACUAACUUAUCACCUUAAUUUUUACAAUUCUUUCGGAACCAAAAAUCUUCUUCAUUCAUUAUUUAAAACUAUUUAGAAAAAACGUCCCCAAUUCAUCAUCAUCUUUUUUCAGCAGUUUUUUAUGUUUAAUCCCCGCCGUUGAUUUUGUAUUUUUUCGCAUAAUAAAACUUGUGUACAAAAAUAUCUCUUGGCGCAAAUGAUUUAAAAAACUUGUAAAUUACGAAAUUUGGAUACUUUUGAUUUAUUUGAUAAUAAAGUGGUACAACAAUAAAAUUUUGCGCUCUGCAGACUUUGGCACUUUUCGUUUGAUUCUCACCGCAGUAAGUCUCUUCUAAAAAUAGAGUCUCGUCGUCCUUCCUUUCUUCUUUCUUUCCUCUUCUGGGUACAUUUUUUUUUUUUUUUUAAUUUAUGCGUGUGCAU